UGUCCACCACGAUAUAACAGUUGGUACUAAGCUGUCACACAGGUACAGAUGGAGAUAGAGGGACACGGAUCAGGUCUCAGAGAGGAUCUGACGAACUUUUCUCCAGCGUCUCCAACGGCCCGUAUAUCAUGAGCACCACAGCCAAUGGCAACGACAGCAAGAAGUUCAAAGGUGACAUAAGAGGUCCCGGGGCGCCGUCCAGGGUCAUCCACAUCCGCAAGCUCCCUAACGACAUCACUGAGGCCGAGGUCAUCAGCCUGGGUCUGCCCUUCGGAGACGUGUCCAACCUGCUUAUGCUCAAGGCCAAGAACCAGGCCUUCUUAGAGAUGAACUCGGAGGAAGCGGCUCAGAAUAUGGUGGGUUAUUACUCCACGGUGAUGCCCAUCAUCAGACACCACCCGGUCUACGUCCAGUUCUCCAACCACAAGGAGCUGAAAACGGACAACUCCCCCAACCAGGAGAGGGCCCAGGCAGCUCUUCGGGCCCUCAGUACGUCUCACGUGGACCCAGCUGUGGCGGCUCCGAGCACAGUGCUGAGGGUGGUGGUGGAGAACCUGGUGUACCCCGUCACCCUGGACGCCCUCUGCCAGAUCUUCUCUAAGUUCGGCACCGUGUUGAGGAUCAUUGUCUUCACUAAGAACAGUCAGUUCCAGGCUCUGCUGCAGUAUCCUGACGGAGCGUCGGCCCAGGCUGCCAAACUGUCUCUGGAUGGACAGAACAUCUAUAACGGCUGCUGCACUCUGAGGAUCAGUUUCUCCAAACUCACCAGCCUCAACGUCAAAUACAACAACGAGAAGAGCAGAGACUUCACCAGACCAGACCUGCCCACCGGAGACAGCCAGCCCACCAUGGAGCACCCGGCCAUGGCUACAGCCUUCACUCCAGGUAUCAUCUCAGCUGCACCUUACGCCGGAGCCACUCACGCCUUCCCGCCAGCCUUCACCAUCCAGCCAGUCUCCUCCCCCUACCCAGGCCUGACGGUCCCCGCUCUGCCCGGAGCCCUGGCCUCUCUGUCCCUCCCCGGGGCCACCAGGCUGGGUUUCCCCUCCAUCUCUGCAGGACACUGUGUCCUACUGGUCAGCAACCUGAACCCCGAGAGAGUUACACCCCACUGCCUCUUUAUUCUCUUCGGUGUUUAUGGCGACGUGAUGAGAGUGAAGAUUCUGUUCAACAAGAAGGAAAACGCCCUGGUUCAGAUGUCUGACAGCACACAGGCUCAGCUAGCUAUGAGUCACCUGAACGGCCAGCGGCUGCAUGGGAAGCCUCUGCGCAUCACGUUGUCCAAACAUACCAACGUCCAGCUUCCCCGUGAGGGCCACGAGGACCAGGGCCUGACCAAAGAUUAUAGCAACUCCCCCCUGCACCGCUUCAAGAAGCCCGGCUCCAAAAACUACUCCAACAUCUUCCCACCCUCUGCCACCCUACACCUCUCCAACAUCCCCCCUUCUGUGGUAGAAGAUGACCUCAAGAUGCUGUUUUCCAGCUCAGGAGCCAUGGUCAAGGCCUUCAAGUUCUUCCAGAAGGACCACAAGAUGGCUCUGAUCCAGAUGGGCUCGGUGGAGGAGGCCAUCGAGUCCCUCAUCGAGUUCCACAACCACGACCUGGGAGAGAACCACCACCUGCGGGUCUCCUUCUCCAAGUCCUCCAUCUGAGCCUCAGACUCCACCAUCGGACUCCUCUGCUCCUCCGAGGGCUCGAUGGUGUCCACUACACUCCGAUCAUUCCAACACGUCUGCAGAAACCACCGUGAACUCUGGUGUGAUGUUAAAUUAUUGUUUAAACUCUUUGCCUUCAAAGAGGAUUAGGGUCUCUGGAGAAAAUACUGGACUUCUCUGAAGUCUGGAGGAAGUCAGGAUUCUGUGUUUAAUCUCAGAUUCACAGAAUAAAGUCAGGAUUCUGAGUUUAUGGUCAGGAUUUGAAGGAGGUUUCUUACCUUCUUGUUGUGGAGCUGUUACUUUGAGCCACUCUUGCCUUUUGACUUUAAUGUCACAACUAAAGAAUUAAGGUCAUUUUAAUUUAUUCUCCAGAAUUGGAUUUAAAACCUUUGAAUUCUGAAUUCAUGAACUCACAGUUCUCUCUUUAAUCUCAGUUCCCUGUGGCCCUAGUCCUCUUCUCUGGUUUCCCCCUUAGAAGUAACUCUAGUCUUGACCAGUUCUGACACCUUUCCUGAGUCCACCUCAGGCUGUCAGACCUUAGACCAGGCCUCGUUAUCCACAGUCCGGUUUGGCCUUCAGAUCAUCCCUGUGCCUUAUUCCUGGAGUCAGAGCGAUCUCGACUCGGAAAAACAAAUCUCCCAUCAUGCCUCUGUAAACUGGCAAAGAGCAGGUUUACAGUUGACAAAGGUUUACUGUUGAGAUGUAUUACAGAUGUAUCAACAUUGUAAGUGUAUUUUAUUGGUGUUUCCUUCAUGUUAGUGUUUUGUACUGCUGGUUACUGUAGCGUCAGACAUGUGAACUGAUUCUGUUUUAGCCGUUUGCUGGGUCUUUAGUUCUAGAUGAGAUUCUCUUUUUUUUCUAUUCUUCUUUGAUUUCUUUAUUUCCAUGUAUGCAAUCACGUUUUAUUCAAAUCAAAUAUUGUAGCAAUAUUUUAAUCAUUCCUGAGCUUUUAUUUGUCGGGUGUGUCUCGGCGGUUUGUUCCUGUCGUGUUCUGUUGGGUUUGUCGUUCGCUCGUCUUGUCUGUCGCCUCUGAACGGUUUAUUUAUAAGUUUGAUCCACUACAGCUGAAACCAAAAACGGCCUUUUAGAUGCAAACAAACCCGCCUGCCUCAGGUUUCUGGUUUUAAGGACUAAAAAAAUACAAAAGAUGUUGAACUGGUUUAGGCGCUCUUGGUGUUUCCUGUGGGAAUGUUUUUAUUAGUUUCUCGACCGCUUCACUGGAUUCCGCCGGCCAAUGCGACUUGAGGCUCUGCUGAUUCAGCAGUUGUUCUGUGCCUUCGCCGCAGCACCGAGUCGUACGACGUCAGACGCUCGGCCGCCGUCAGAGACAAACUGAAACCAGAUGUUUGGUUCUUCUUUGUCUUAAUAUUAUUACGUCGACAUUCCAGCCGCUCACCUGAACUUCACCAUGAAGCUGCUUCACUGUCUGAACCGCAGGUUUACUCUGAACGAGCCGCUCAGGGCAGUAAAGUUGUGGUGCAUUCAAGACACCUGGGAGGUUUGGUCGAUGAUGGUUUGAAACUAGAAAAAAAGGAAAAAUGACUGCUGUGUGUCAGUCCCAUCCUGCUCCGUGUCCAGACCAUCGGACAGAUCCAGACAGCAGGAGGCUGAACCUCUGAGUUCCCACAAUGCACUGCAAUUCAGGCUCUCGUAUAAAGGUCCCUGCAGUCUGUAAACAACCUGAUAACAGUCUGUAAACAGUCAGUAUUUACUCUCAGCUCAGUUUUUAAUGUCGUCAGAAUUCGUCAGAAUUCUCUUCGGCUCUUUUCAGUUUGGUUUUAAUUCAGGAAACAAUUUAGUUUUAUAAUAAUAUAAAUGUUAGUUGCACGUCUGUGACUCAGACCACAUCUCUGGUCUGCUGCAGGUCUGGAUCCUGAGAAGAGGGCUCGGUUUUCCUCCAGGGGACAGAUCCACCGAGCUGUCGGUCUGAACGUCCUCUUGUAGUUUCAG